AUGGCGCAGAGAACCCAGGAGGACGCAGGUGAUAUGGGACCAUGGAUCACAUUCAACGCCCCGGAGCACGACCCGGCAUGGGCGUUCAAGCAGGCCAUGGACAAGCUUGAGCAGCGGAAGGACCAUUUUCGCCAGUUCAUGAAACGUUUUCUCGCCAAGUACAACGAUAGGGGCGCAUGGAAAGUCACCUUCGAUGAGAGCACCACAUGGCCUCAAGUCCUUGAAGAGGCCACGCAGGCCUUCGAUGACUACACCAAGCGAGGUCGCAGCUGGAGACACCCAUUUCGCAGCACCCAGCGUCUCUUUGGAUCAGUGGCCUGCCGGAUAAAGUUUCUCGUUGUGCUGCUUCCGGAUGGAGACUUUACAGGUGCUCUAUGCGGGGGAUUGUGUUUGAUCUACAAUGCCGCAACACGCAGAAGAGAGAUCCAAGAGCUGAUCAUCCGGACCCUCGACUCACUUUCUCAGCAUGUUGAGGGCACUAAGUCGUUUCUCAUGAUGUACGCUUGGGAUGAAGAUGUUCGGCAAAAGACCGAAGAUUUGUACAUCGCCAUCCUCGAGACCAUAGAAGCACUGACGGAAUGGCUGUACCGGUCGUCCCUACACGCCGUCCAUCAUAACGUCCUCACGGUGGGCAAAAGGGUCGAACAAAUGAGCGAGCACAUUACGGCCUUGAGGUUUGAGGCUCUCAGCGUGCUGGAGAAGCAGUUCCAUGGCAUGUCCAAAGGCGUUGAGUGGCAAAUCCACCGCCUCGAAGAACGCCAGCGCAACUUCCACCUCCAAACCCUCCAAGCCAUCCCCCACCCCAACACAACCACAACCUUCCUCAACCCCUACCUCCCCCCCACCCCGCCCCAACCAACUCUCACCAUCCCCUCCCUCCUCACCCCCCUCAACCUCCCUACCAACCCCACCACCACACCCCCCAACACCACAACCACCAACACUAUAAACACCCCCUAUCCCCUCACCAAAGACCAAAACCUGACCCUCCUCCUCAGCCGCGCCACGCAACAACAACAACAAUCCACCCUGCACUUCGCCACUGCCUCCCACCAGUUCCAGACUUGGCUGCGCUCGCUCUCGUCGUGCGUGCUCACCAUCCAUGGCAUGGACGUCACGCCGCCGACCUCCUCCAUGGCGCCGGGGGUUCUGGGUGGUGUGGUGGUGCCGGUUACGAUCCAUUUCUGUGCGUUGUUGCUGGGGGGGUUGGCGAGGUUGGCGGAUGGGGAUGGGGGUGGUGGGGUGUAUCCGGUGGGGUUUUAUUGUCGGUUGCAUGGGGGUGGUGGGCAUGGUGGUGGUGGUGGUGGUGGUAGUGAGGAAGGAUUUGAUGGCCCGGCGGGGAUGAUGCGGUUUCUGAUUGCACAGGUUGUGCUGCUGCUUGCGACGAGGAGGGCGGAGUUGGGAGUGGAUCUGUCGCAUGUUGGGGUGGCCGAGGCCGAGGCGUUGCGGCGCCGGGACCUGGACGCGUUGUGUUUGGUGUUUGAUGGUUUGGUGAAGCAGAUCGGGGUGGGCGUGGUGUUUGGUCCGGGCCGUUGA